UGUUGGGCUGAAAAGCCAAAAUUUUAAUGGUGUUCAAAAAAAAUCAUGUUAUAAAAUAAUAAAUAAUUUUUUAAUUUAAAAGAAAUUAACAAUAUUUUGUUAAAAAUGAGUAAGAAAAUGUGGAAUAAGAUUUUCAAAUCGAAAUCAUCCAAAAGUGCUAAGAUACCCGCCAGCGUUUCAAGUAAUACGGAUAUAAAUUAUAAACGUUGCAGCAUUUAUGAAGAGUAUCAGCAAUUAAAUGGUUUAGUGAAUAGUGAAAAAAGCGCACAUAACUUAAAAAAAUUUAAAGAAAAUAAACCCCAAACGAACGAAAAUAUAAUUGCUGCAGUAACCGCAGUGAAAAAUGAUCAAACCAAAAAUGAUGUGAUUGCACCUUCAAUUGCAAUUGUCGCUGGCAACACUUUUUUGCAAAGUGUUGAAACAGUGCCCGGUUCCAAUCCGAAGCAGCAGUCAACAUUCGCAAAAGUUGUCAAUACUCUUACGCUUAAGCGCAGCACUCAACAGCAAAAAGAUUCAAAAUCGUCCAAAGCCCGAGGCAACGGCAACAACAGCAGCAAUUGCAAUGAAAACGGAAGUGCAACAUUAAAAAAAAACAAAACAAAAGAACGAUCAACUUCUAAAAAUAAUAAAAAAAGUGAGUCUACGAAUAUUGCUACUGUGCCGCCUCCAUUGCAUGCAUCCACUCAUUCAUUGAUAUCAACCUGCUCCAGACGUUCUUCACAAUAUAUAAUUGUUGUUAGCAAAAUUGUUUGUGAUGCUCCAAAUGCAUUCAAUGACGAUAGCAAUGUUGCCGCUUAUACAAAAGUCGCUGUCAAUGAUAUUGCAAAACAUGCGCGAUCGCCCGUAACAUGUUGCAAUGUUGCUAACUUGACUAACACCAACAAAUGCCUGCAUGUUUCAAAACAAAAUAUCAAAAUAACGGAGCCAACAGAACAACCUGAUCCCGAUACCAGCGAUGAGCUGUUUCCUUGUCCAAUUUGUAAUCGGACUUUCCAUCCUUUGAUAUUUGAAAAACAUGCGAGCAUCUGCGAACGUACUGCGAAAAAAAAGCGACAACCUUUCGAUUCUAAACGACAAAGAACAGAGGGAACUGAUCUAGCAAACUAUAAUCCGCCCCGAUUACCUGGUGCACGUGUGAGUCAUACGUUGUUGUCUCCAAGACUAACUACGCGAAAGCAGCUGCAAAAUACUGAGUCACCAACUGUUACCACAAUAGCAAGUGCCGCUCCAAAAGUAUCACGUAAUAUAUCCACUACGUCAGCAUCAGGGUCAAGUAGUAACACACCACUAUAUCAGAGAUCUGUUUCGGAGUCAUCAAAACGUCCUAUGAUACCACCAGAAGAGCAUUGUCCAUACUGCGGACGAACAUUUUGUCGCAAAGCUUUUGAUACCCAUGUUGGCUACUGCAAGACAAAAUUAUUGAGAGAUGCGAAUAAGCCAGUUGAUCCUAGUAAAGAAGUACUAAGGGAACGCAUGGAAAUGCGUCAGAAAUUUGUACCACCAUUAUUGAAUAGAAGCAAACGUUACCUUAAUCGCGUAAAAUACUCAGCAGCUGAGGCAGUUGAGGCUCGCGAGGCCGCCAAAAAUCAGAGUAAAAAUGAAAGUACAAUUUCUGUUGUGGAUAAAGAACUUAACUCGAAGACACCAUUGGCUAAACACCAUGAUAGCUAUAAUGAAAGUGUAAAUAAUAAUAAUAUAGCAAGUCUCAACAGCACCAACAGCAGAAAAACUACAAAUGAUGGCAAUAGUUUAAUUACAUCAAACGAUAAAAUUGGCAUAAUGUCAUUAUCAAUGACUUCAUCUCUAACAAGUAACAGUGGUCUUCCCGACUAUGAUCCAUUUCUCUCUGCUAAGCGACAACUUGAAGAGCUUUAUUCUCCAACAGGCAUUACAGAAACAUUUGAUACAGCAAUGUCUAACAUUACAAAUAUGUCUGAUUCCACACCACAACCGACAUCAUCAACUCCCAGUACUCCUUCCAUAUCAAUACCUACACAAUCCAAAAUGAGCACUUCUCUUACAUUAAGCACAUCCACACCAAACUCUAGUCCAAUUUCAACAGCUAUGAACAACAAUCAAAAACGCACUUCAAAAUGUACAACUCCGAACAUAUCCAACUUUAGACGUAGUUCAUCACUACGUGGUCCACGUCGUACUCCAACUUUACCACCACGACCGUUGUUUUCAUACAAUUAUAGACCAACCAUACAACGUGGACUUUCAGAUGAAGGGCCUAUUUCAACAAAUUUUCUUAAAUCAGAAGAAUAUGAUGAAAUGCCAGUACGUUCCAAUUGCGUUAACGAUUUUGCCAUCACAAAUAGUCCACGUGUUGUACGCCGCGAUACCAGUGCUUCUAAUCGCAAACAUAAUCUAAAACUUAAUAUAAAUGCAGCCAAUCUGUCAGCUGAAAAUAGUAGUGACGACCGGUUGUCAAGUGCAUCCAAAUAUAUAUCUAAAACCGACUCUUUGGCUGUAUUUCUUAAAUACGAAAAUGAACUUGAAAAGCUUAAUGCAGCAGCUGCAGCAACUGCAGCAGCUAAAACUACUACUACUUUACCUAAUAAAACACCCGAUAUUGCUAAAUUAUCAACACAACAAAGCUGCACCGACAGCACUUCCGCACAAAAUAUUCAGCCUAGCAGCCCAGUGAUAACAAAAGAACUUAAAGACAAAAGCAAUAUACUUAGUAAGCAAAAUUCAGUGAAAAGUAUUAAGGUUGAUUCCAAAAACACAUCUAAUGAUGCUAAACCAGAAUCACAAAAAACUAAAACACACCUACCAACUCCUGUUGGAAUUCUACCUUCAAAUAACUCCACUAAAUCUUUAUUGAGUAAAAAAGUUAACGACAAUAUAAGUCAAAAGAACAAUAAUAACAAACUUUCUCAAAUACGUCUCGAACCUAUUUCAAAGCCUGCUACACCACUUACAAAACCCCACACACCAAAAACAAAGCCGAACACCCCUCUAAUUUCUCAAAACUCUACGAAUAUGUUGACACAACUGCCUGCGGUUAACAAACCUAUUAAUCUGAAUGAAAUCUUCGGUGAACCAAAAAUAAAAGCUAAGAGUAUCUGCAAAGAUCGAAAAAUUUCAAACAGCUCUGAGUAUAUCGACCCGAAAUUAAUUAAUAAAUGUGAUAAUCUUCCGGUUAAUUUUAGUGAUAUAUGUUCAUAUAAACAUUUUGAUUCUGAUAGUUCUACGCAGCGCACAGAUUCUUCAGCGUCCUCAACUUCCGGAAACGCGCCUAUUUCGCAAUUAACAAAAGCGUUGCCACUUGCAAAAAUAGAUAGUACAAAAGGUAUAACUGCUUUGAAAAGCACAGCUCCUAUAGCUAUACAAUCAACUAGUUCAACACCGAAUGCACUAAGUAAUCAACGAAAUUCCAUUGAUGCACGUACAGGACAGCUUAAGCGUAAAAUGCGUUUAGGGUUAAAUCAUUUCCUGUACGAUGCCUCUCCAGAAGCGGAUGACUCUUGCUUAGCAGAUGAUGAAGCAAACCGUUCCUCCACGGAAUAUAGUAAUCAACAGAAGCAACAUCAAUCACGUCGAAAUUUUACUCCACGUUCCAAUGCAGAACAACAAAAGGAUCUACCAACCAAUUUAACACCCUUGCCGAUUUUUGAUGAUUUUGAUUUUGAGGAAUUUCUUUCAUCAUUUGAGAAUGAUGAAGAACAAUUUCCUCUGUUCAAAGAUUGUAGAGAGUUUCUAAUGAAUCGCACGUCGAAACAGCGUUCGACGCUUACGCCGAAUUCAUAUACCAACAAUAACAACAACAGUUCCAACAAAAAUAGCAAUAGUAACAGUAACAGUAACAGUGACAGCAACAGAACACUAACACAAGAACCAUCAACGAAACCCAACAAUAAUAUAUUUAAUUCCAAUAUGAAUUCACCAUUCCUUACACAAACACAACACUUUCAGUUUCCCACUUUAUUAGCUAAAACCAACAAUAUAAGUUCCCAGCAUUUAUUAACCUGCACUCCCUCCCUUAAAACCAACAGCAAUGAUGAUAAACGUGAGAUAUUCAUUAGUAUUGAGACUGAACAGAAUGAAAUGGGCCGUUCAUCGAUUUCACCAGACACCAUACGAAAUAUGAUGGGUCACAAUCAAUCUGUGGUGGAAAUUGAAGUGGAUCCACCAGAUAAUAAAUUUAGCAAAAUAAGUGAUGACGAGUCCUUACCGAUUGGAAGUUUAGGACAGUUACCAAAUGUGCAAUUCAAUAAUGCAAAGAAUUUAAUGCAAAAAAUGCAAGAAAAUUUCAGGCAGAGAAGUGAAGAGGUCAGUACAGGCGUAAGGCAAGCCUAUAAUCACAAUGCGACACCCGGUAAUAGUGGUGAGAGACGUGCAAAUAGUCAUAUUAGUGGUGAUACAUAUAACGAUUCCGAUGAAAUGAGUAGUUUGGACAACUAUCCAUUACCAAGGCAAACACGUCGAGGAGCUGGCACAAAACUGAGCGCAGACUCUGCAUAUGGGAGUUUAUCACGCCAAAGAUCGUCUGAACUAACCAAUCAACAUCAAACUCUAAGUCAUACACGUUCUCCGAAUACUAAAGCAUCUAGUAACAAUCCUUCUAACACAACUUUAGUGGAUGGUGCUAGUCACGCUAUGCCACAACAUCAUCACAGAUAUUCAACAAGUAAAACUCGUGCACGACAGUUUAGUGGCUCCUCCAGUAGUGAGUCCAAUAAUUCAUUACCACCAAUUGGUCACAAUAAUAAUAACAACAAUAACAAUAAUAAAACGGCAUUACGCGUUAAUUGCAACAAUAAUUAUCAGCAACAACAGGACCAUCAAGAACAAUAUUAUUAUAACGCAGCAGAUAAUAAUAAUAACAACAACAACAUUGGCAGUGGCAGUGGCAAUGGCAAUGAUAAUAUGAGACUUUACAACAAGAGUACGACGAAUGGCAAUUUCGAAUCUCCUUUAAGUUCACCUAUGGCGACAUCGUCAAUAUCUGCAACGCAAAAUCCCUCCUACCAGCAACCAGAAGCAACAAGUCCUGGAACACAAAAUGCAAUGCUUAACCCGCAUCAUUCGAAUUCUUCACUGUCAUCCUCGUCGAAUAUGAGCUCGAGUAUGAAAAUGUCCAAGUUUUGCCAUGAAUGUGGCACCAAAUUUAUAAUUGAACAAGCUAAAUUUUGCAUGGAUUGCGGUGUUAGACGUAUUGUUCUGUAGUCUCGCUUCUAAACAUACGUAUUUCAUUUAAUUUAAUAAUAUACACAUAUACAUAUAUAUUUUUAUAUCGAGUUUAAACGUUACGUUUGUUUGUAUGUAUGUAAGCAAACCUGACUAAUUGGUUAGCAAGAAUAAGUUUGACUUUAAAUUUGCGAUUUCUUUUGCUUAACUACUAUUUUAUAUGGAAACUUUGAAAGCAUUAUUUUAAAUAUAUGUAUGUAUAUAGAAAU